CCCCAUGACUCCCAAUUACUCGCGUAAGAACUUCUCCUCCAGUUUUUGCUUCAAUAAGUUAACGCUUCUCCUUCUAUUCGUAACAGUCGCACUCGGGUGGCGCCACCGCCGGACUUCUUCUUUUUUUGCUUAACCCACCUAAUUCCGGUUGUUACAGGAAAGAAACGAAAUUAACAACUAGUUUAUUAAUUAAUUAAUUAAUUAGCCACUAUUAUUAUUACUAAUAACAAUCAUGGGUUUCUUUCGUAACCUCUGGGACGACGCCCUCUCCGGCUCUACCUCCGACUCCAGCCUCGGCAAGCUUCGCAGAUAUAACUCACUCCUCUCCCGUUCAAAUAUUCCUCCCUCCGCCGCACACGCCGACGAAACCACCCCCGUCUCCCGCAGCAUCACUAUUCUCCGGACCAACAGCCUCUCCUCUUCCCCUUCUACCCCGUCGUCUCCGGCUGGAUCCAGCGCUGCUGGUUCCCCUUUCUCAGCGACGUCGCCCGGCGGGGAUUUCAGGAAAUUAACACGGAGGAAAUCUACUACCGAAGCCCGUAGGGAGUCCAAAAGUCCAACUGGUUAUGAUUGGAUCGUUUUGAGUUCGCUGGAUCGUUAAACGAAGACCCAAUCAGACGACCACUGCGUUCUCAGCAACAUCUUUCAAUUCUAUGUGUGUAUAUGUGUAUAUGUAUAUAUAUGUAUUUAUACACAGACAUAUAUAAAAAUAACAUCUGUGUAUGAUAUGCAGCCCGUGAUUUGUAUAAUAUAUGUGGCGUAAGGUAAUGUAGUAUAGUAGUAUUUAAUAAGAUGAGAUGCUUCAGAAAUCGCAGAUCAAUGGAGACAUUGCUGCUUCAAGUUUCCCAAAAGAGGAAAACUAUAUGCUUCUAGCUGCUUAUGUUUGGAUCUUUUUAUGUUGUUAUUUUGUUUCACGUAGAUAGAUGAUCCAGGCAUCUUCUUGACAUGGUUCUUGAAAAACCUCGAUCUUGUAAAAUUUUGAUAAUGUCAAUGAAGCUUCCAUCUUUGUAUGAUAA